UUCCCUUUCUAAUGUAAAUAUCUUCAGGUUAUUGCAAAUCGAGCAGCUGAAAUACUUGGCCAUAAGCGCGGUGACAAACAUGUGCAUCCAAAUGACCAUGUAAAUAGAUCGCAAUCUUCAAAUGAUACCUUUCCUACGGUGAUGCAUAUUGCUGCGGCAAUGGAGCUAAAUAAAAGAUUAGUACCAAACCUGAAACAGUUGCAUACUUCACUACAUUCAAAGUCAGUCGAAUUCAAGGACAUUAUUAAGAUUGGGCGAACCCACACACAAGAUGCAACCCCUUUGACUCUUGGACAAGAGUUUAGUGGGUAUGCUACUCAAGUGAAAUAUGGAAUUGACCGAGUCUUGUGCACCCUUCCACGCAUGUAUCAGCUCGCACAAGGAGGCACAGCAGUGGGGACAGGACUGAAUACAAAGAAAGGGUUUGACAUUAAAAUUGCUGCAGCAGUGGCAGAGGAAACUAACUUGCCAUUUGUAACAGCUGAAAACAAGUUUGAAGCACUGGCUGCUCAUGAUGCAUUUGUUGAAACCAGUGGAGCUGUAAAUACGGUAGCUGCUUCCCUCAUGAAGGUUGGGAAUGAUAUACGCUUCUUGGGAAGUGGUCCCCGCUGUGGUCUUGGGGAGCUCAUUCUUCCUGAAAAUGAACCUGGAAGCAGUAUAAUGCCGGGCAAGGUGAAUCCUACUCAGUGUGAGGCUCUCACGAUGGUCUGUGCUCAGGUUAUGGGGAAUCAUGUGGCUGUCACAAUUGGUGGAUCAAAUGGCCAUUUUGAGCUGAAUGUUUUCAAGCCUAUGAUUGCUAAUGCUCUUCUACAUUCAGUAAGAUUGCUAGGGGAUGCAUCUGCUUCCUUUGAAAAGAAUUGUGUGAGGGGUAUUCAAGCUAACAGAGAGAGGAUUGCUAAAUUGUUGCACGAGUCGCUCAUGCUCGUCACAUGUUUGAACCCAAAAAUUGGUUACGAUAAUGCUGCUGCAGUUGCCAAGAAAGCCCACAAGGAGGGAACCAGUUUGAAGGAUGCUGCUCUCAAUCUAGGAGUCCUCAAAUCUGAAGAGUUUGAUCAACUUGUAGUUCCUGAGAAAAUGAUUGGUCCAACUGACUGAUCAGCUCCAUUAGUUCUAUCAAAUGGGAGAGAGGACCAUGGCUGUAGGGUGCAUCAUAUUAGCUGUUUUCGUCCAUCAAAUUCAACUAGGAAAAUAAAAUAUUUAACGCAAUUCUUGAGGUUUUCUCAUUCCUUACAAUUUAUCAGCACUUGACUGGGGGAAUGCCUCCAUUUUUUGUAAUGAGACCCUGAGCUAUAGCGAAGUAAAUAAUGGACUGAAUCAUUUUUUCCUAC